AUGGGCUCAGUUCAAAGACAAGCUCCAGUUUAUGGAGAGCGAUUGCUGCCCAACGUGGUCGACGAAGAAGCUACAGACAAUCCUGAUCGUAUCAUAUUUUCAUUGGCGAAAACUACAAAGGCGGUAGAUGGCUUCGUUGAUAUAUCAAGCAAGCGUCUCGCCAAUGCGGUUAACAGGGCCGCUUGGUGGAUUGAAAAGUCGCUCGGAAAGGGGAAUAACUUUCCAACAGUAGGAUAUGUUGGUCCUACGGAUAUGAGAUAUCAAAUCCUCCCCUUGGCACUCAUGAAAACUGGUUAUAAGAUUCUUCUCAAUUCUCCCCGGAACAGUAUCGAGGGACAUCUCAAUGUCAUAAAACAAGCCGAGUGUAACAUUUGGUUACUACCCAGUCAAGGUACUGGAAAUAUCGGCGAAGUACUCGAGGUCCACUCUAUGACCGUUCUCGAUUGUCCAGAGCUCAAUUUCUUUCUCGACGAGACCCCGGUUCCACACUAUGCCUAUGAUAAAACGUGGGCAGAGGCAUCUACUGAACCUGCUCUCGUCCUGCACACAUCUGGAUCAACAGGUCUUCCUAAACCUAUUGUCAUAAAAAACGCUUUAAUUGCGUGCUUGGAUGCCAAUCGGUUGGCACCGUGUACAGACGGAGAACAACUUCACUUGCAUGUAUGGCAAGGAAGUAGACAAUUUUCAACUUUUCCACCUUUCCAUGCCGCUGGUUUUUACAUGAACCUGGUCAGCACAUUGUAUUACGGGCUCAAUAUCGUACAGGCAUUACCGUCAGCUCCAAUAACUUCCAAUCUAGUAGACGACAUGAUGGAACAUGCCGGCGUUGAUGGCUUGAUGCUUGCUCCAUCAACAGUGGAAGAGUUGGCAUUCUCUCCCUCGAGCCUACAAUGGAUUCAAAGGAAAAAUAUCAAGUUUAUUGGCUUUGGUGGUGGACCACUUGGGCAAAAGGCUGGAGAUAUCCUUGCAAAAUUCACAACUCUUCUCAAUUUCAUUGGAAGCACAGAAGCUUCCCUAUUCGCACUCAUUCAGACAGGAAGAGAGGAUUGGAGAUACUUUAAAUUCCACCCCAACAAUGGGCUUAAAUUUGUCGAGACAAGCGACGGCCUCUAUGAGAUGUUUAUGAUACGGAAUCCAAAAUUGCAAAAGUGGCAAGGGUUGUUCCACACCUUCCCUGAGCUCAACGAGAUCUCCACAAAAGAUUUAUAUGAAAAAAAUCCCACAAAACCAGAUCUUUGGGCCUACCGGGGUAGAUCAGAUGAUAUCAUUGUGUUUUCCAAUGGCGAGAAGCUAAAUCCUAUCACAAUAGAACAGACCAUCAAUGAACACCCCGAUGUACGCUCAGCAAUAGUUGUCGGCCAGGCCCGCUUCCAACCUGCUGUUAUUAUUGAGUUGGCUGAUUCGGUGGAAGUAACUGAAGAGAAAAAACAGGAUUUGAUUACUCGUAUUCAACCUUUCAUCGAUGCCGCAAACAAGGAUUCGCCAUCUCAUGCACAAAUCAAAGAUGGCUUUGUGAUUUUUGCUAAACCCGAAAAGCCAUUCCUGCGCGCCGGAAAGGGUACCGUUCAACGUGUGGCAACAGUCAAGCUCUACGACUCGGAAGUCGAAGAGCUCUUCUCCAGCGCAGAAGCUGGUGAUGACAGUAGCCUCGAAACUGAUUCUUUGGAAUCGUUGACUCUCACGUUGAAGGUUUUAGUCGUCAAGGUAGCUAAUCUGAAGGAUCUCGAUGUCGAUGAGGAUGUUUUUGCGAGCGGAUCAUUUGAUUCUUUGCUUGUUUUUACUCUUUUGCGACAAUUGCGAUCAGCAUUGAAGAAGGACAAUGUGGAGUCCGAGAAGUUACAAGCCAGCACGAUUUAUAAUAAUCCGACUGUGAAAUCUCUGGCAUCGGUUCUUUACAAGCUUGCUAACCCAUCAGACAAUGAAGGCGAUGCUUCAAGAACAGAUUUUGAUGAAAGACAGCAAAUGUUUGAAAAAUAUGUCAAGGAUUUACCAUCUAGAACCUCAGAAAAUGCCGCUGAGGAUCCGACCACUAAGAUUUCUGUUAUUUUGACAGGAAGUACCGGUUCUAUGGGUAGUUACAUGCUCGAUGAUUUGGUGGCAUUGCCUCACAUCUAUAGAGUCUACGCUCUUAAUCGUGCUGUUAAUGGCGAGGAAAGACAAAGAGGGGCGAGUGAGAGUCACGGCCUCAAAACAGAUUUCAGCAAGGUUCGAUUUUUCAGAACAGAUAUGUCGCAACCACAUUUUGGUCUCGACCAGGAGAAAUACGAUGAGCUCUUGAGUAACGUCACUCAUAUUAUUCAUAAUCAAUGGCAAGUUGACUUCAACUUGAGUCUGGCUUCCUUCGAGCCUCACAUCAGAGGAGUACGCAAUCUCAUCGACUUUGCAGCUCAAAGCAAACAUAACGCUGUUUUAUCUUUCAUUUCUUCCAUUGGUGUCACACAAGGAAUUAACUGGGAGAACGCAAUUCCGGAGUCCAUUAUUGAGGAUUGGAAUUCGGCAGCUAUGGGUUAUGGUUCCUCGAAACUCAUAUCCGAACGCCUCGUGGCUGAAGCCCAGAAGGUUAGUGGUGUUCGUACCCAGGUGCUACGUGUUGGUCAAGUAUCAGGUCCUGUUCGGAAGGAGAAGGGUAGAUGGAAUAUCCAGGAGUGGUUCCCUACUAUCGUUUCUACAUCACAAUAUAUGAAAUGUGUACCUACGAACUUGGCAGUCAUGAAUCGCAUCGAUUGGGUUCCAGUCGACGUUCUCUCAAACAUCAUCCUUGACCUCGCCGAUCUCACCAACCCUUCCAAACACUUCACCGAGUACCCUUCUACUCCAUUUUUCCAUCUCGUCAACCCUAGAAGCAUAGAAUGGUCACAAAUAUACCCCGUCCUUGUCAAGGACAUCGGUUCCGAAUGUGAAAUUGUUGAAUGGUCCGAAUGGGUAGCCAGACUUCGAGCAUCCGCCGAACGUGGAGAAAUCAAGGAGAACCGCGGAAUCAAAUUGUUAGAGUUCUACGAGGGCAUAACAAAUGGAUUUCCAUUGGCAGUUUUGGAAACGGAGAAGACGGUAGACAAGAGUGAGACGUUGGGAAAGUUGGGUCCGGUUACUCAAGAUUGGAUGGAGUUGUGGAUGAGACAGUGGAGUGCUUGA